AGACACACUUUAGAGUGUCAGCUUUUCAGAAUAUCAGGGUGUCUAUAACGGCACUACAUUUCCCAUGAUCCCUUGCUGUACCACAAAGACUGCUGGGUACGCAGUUCAGACGUCCUACUGCUGUUUUUGUUAUUUGAGGGUUUUUUUUACUACUGAGGAGCGUUAUGAAAGAAAUGUGAAUUAAAACUUGGUUAAUUCGGUUUAAAAUCGCUGUAAAAGUGACGCGUUUUCUUUUAGUUUUGUUUGUAGUCGUUAGAAAGCGUGGAAAAGCCUUAAGGAGUCCUUAAAAGGGCAACAACAGCAACAGCGGGCGGACGAGCGAGCGGCGGUGGGGCCCACACGCCUUUCUCUUCAGACGCUGCUCUAAAGCGUGUUUCUGCAGCGAGUUGUUUUUCUUCCCACUUGUUGUCAUGGCGUCUCUUAAGGAAGCUGUGCGUAGACAGAGGCGUAGGGAACUGGACGCCAAGAGGGGCAAAUCUCGGAUAAGACUCGGUUCCUGUCUGGAGAACUGGGACAAACUGAGGAAAACACUGGGGUUCUCUCUUCAUUCAGAACUUGCCCAGUAUCUACUAGACAGCUACUUCUCCAAAAUGUGCAGCAGGUGUUCAGGUGAUGGGGAUGCAGUGGCCCAAACAGUUCUUUCCACCACUGCAGCUUCUCUUCAACAACUCAUCCGUCUGGUCCACAGCCACAGUCAGCACUGCCCAUUACCACCGAUCCUCAUACAAGCAGAUCAUAAAGCCUCGAUACCAAGCUAUGCUAGUGACUUAAAACAGGCUGGAAAUAAAGGCAUUGCGCAAGGGGGCCCUACAGGUGUUCCACAGCCUGGCCUUAAACCCACCUUAUAUGCUGACCCUCAAGCUUUUAUACUAGCUGACCCUAAAGGCUUAACACAUGCUGGCCCUCCAGGUGUUUCACAGGCUGGCCCUAAAGGCUGCACACGGCCUGGCUUUAAACCCUCCUUACAUGCUGACCCUCAAAGUUGUUUACUAGCUGGCCCUACAGGCGUGACACAGGCUGGCCCUACAGGUGUUACACAGGCUUGCCUUAAACCCUCCUUUCCUGCUGACCCUCAAGAUUCUUUACUAGCUGGUCCUCAAGGCCUAACACAGGCUGCCCGUACAGGUGUUGCACAGGCUGGCCCUACAGGUGUUACACAGGCUGGCCUUAAAUCCACCUUACAUGCUGACCCUCAAGGACUUAUACUAGCCAGUCCUCAAGGCUUAACACAGGCUGAUCCUACAGGUGUUACACAGGCUGGCCCUACAGGUGUUACACAGGCUGGCCCUAAAGGCUGCACAUGGCCUGGCCUUAAACCCUCCUUUUCUAUUGACCCUCAAGGUUUUAUACUAGAUGGUCCUAAAGGCUUAACACAGGCUGGCCCUAAAGGCUGCACAAAACCUGGCCUUAAACCCUCCUUAUGUGUUGACCCUCAAGCUUUAGUUCUAGAGCCUAGAGGCUUAACACAGACUGGCCCUAAAGGCUCCAUAGAAACUAAAUCCAUAUCAUCCUUAAAUUGUGCCUCUAAAUCCCCCAUGCAGGCUGACUCUGAAGGCUCCAUGCAUGGUAAACCUAGAUCCUCCAUAAAACCUGGCCCUAUAGGCAUCAUACAGAUUGGCCCUAAAGGCUCCAAAGAGGCCGACCUUGAAGGCUUCUUACAGGCAGACCCUAAAUCCUUCAUACAGGCUAACCCUAAGGACUUAAUACAGACAGAUACUAGCAAAUCUGCACCAACUGAGACUUCCUUACAGGCACAGAUGUGUCUGAAGCUCACCUGUGAGGCAGGGCAUGUGUUCACAUGGUGUCUGAUGCAGACUGUGUUGGAAAUAGAGGACACAGAAGAAGGAGAGAGGGAAAAUGUUGAAGAAGAACAAGAAAAAGAAGAAGCUGAUCACCCAGCUCAGAAAAAUGUUAGGAAACAUAAGAUGAGAGGAGCAAAAGAGGGAAGAACAUUGUGUAAAAGGCAAGAGGUGGCUUCAGGUAGAAGGACGAGGAGUGGCAGGAGGACCUUAAAAUCUGUGGAGACUGAAAAGACCAAAGAAUCCAGAGAGCAGGAGGUGCAAGGAGGUGAUGUUCCAGACUGCUCUGGAGAAGACGAGGAACCAGAUGCAGAGGAGGAAGAUCACAUCAGCUUAGAGGAAGCAAGUGAUGCUGUGACUGCUGAUGUGCAGUACCCAAGCACUCCACCUGCCAGCAACGAGAUGAAUAAUGAAAAUAUUGAAAAUGAAAACCAAAGCCUUGCUGAUAGAGGAAAAACCCAAAGUGCAGCACCAAAGCCAACCAGGAGGCGGAGACAAAGGAGAGAAGAUUCACCUGAAACAAAGAAAGCAGACAGUACGAGACCAGAGAGGAGAAAAAGGAACAACAGGCCUCAGUCAGUAAAAGAUGACGUCUCACAGAUUUGUGGCAAGAGAAAAAGAAAAGAAGCUCCAAAACUCAUUUUACCCUGUGAGUUUGACGGCUGCUGGAAAAUCUUUUCCAGUCGUCAGUAUCUCAAUCACCACAUGAAGUACCAACACGUCCAGCAGAAAACCUUCAUCUGCUCACAUCCCUCCUGUGGAAAAUCAUUUAACUUCAACAAGCACCUAAAGGAGCACGAGAAGCUGCACAGCGAUCAGAGGGACUACAUCUGUGAGUUCUGCGCUCGCGCUUUCAGAACCAGCAGCAACCUGAGCAUCCACCGCCGAAUCCACACUGGAGAGAAACCAUUGCAGUGUGAGGUGUGUGGUUACACCUGUCGGCAGAAGGCGUCUCUGAACUGGCACAUGAGGAAGCACGAUGCUGAGAGCAGCUACCAGUUCCCGUGUGAGAUCUGCGGCCGUCGAUUUGAGAAACGAGACAACGUUAUAGCGCAUCAGAGCAAGAGUCACCCGGAACACCUGACCUCCAGCAUGGACACGCCCAGCAUGAAGCCCACACAAGAUGAUCCAGAUACCAUCAAACCUUCUAUAAACCCUACAAGCACUGAACAUGACCUCUGAUGCACUGGAAGGCUGUUUUAAAUAUGGCGGAACCAUGCUGGCUUUCGAAUGUUCUGCAUGCUACACUUCAUCAAGAGGGGUGUGAAGUGGAACUGUGUUCUCCAAGGAAAUGUAGGUCAAUUCUGUACCAGAAAGAAAUGGCAGAACUGACAUCACCAACAUAAUCAACCAACAUCAGUGUCUGGUUAAUGAGGCUCUUGUGAGGCUGAAUGCAAUAAAAAAAUCAAUCUUAACAGCAAUGUUCCAAAAUAUUAUGAAAAGAAUUUCCAGAACAAUAAAGACUUCAAUAAAGCAGGAAAAGAUACAAACUCACUACUAAUACUAGUGCAUCUCAAAAAAUAAGAAUAUCAUUGAAAAGUAUAUUAUAUAGAUGUAUUACACACAGAGUGAUCAAUUUUAAAUGUUUAUUACUUUUAUUGUUAAUAAUUAUGGCUUACAGUAGGGGUGGGCGAUAUGGCACUAAAAUAAUAUGACGAUAUUUCAUGGUAUUAUUGCGAUAAUGAUACUCUUUUUUUUUUCAAGAAUACACUACUGCAACAAAAUGAAAAUUUCAUUUUAUUAUUGCAUACGAUUUAUGUCACACCCCUACCUGAGAAAAAAAAAAAAAUACAAGAAUUUUAUCUGAUUUGUAACAUCUGAGUCAAUGAUCCAGAAUGUCAUGAUGACUUAUAAUGCACUCUAAAUAUCUCCAUGUAUCCAGGAUUAAAGUAAAAUAAAUGAUACUGGACAGAUAUAAUCUGUCUCUAGUAGAUAUAUAAAGGAAAAUGAAAAAGUACCCUGAUGUAAUAAGUGGAGGUGAGUGAAAUGGCACGAUAUUUUUAGAGUAUAAUAUCGUUCACGAUAUUUUAAAAAUGUUGGUUAUAUUAUCACGUAUGAUAUGAUAUGGCACACCCCUAGCUUACAGCCAAUAAAUAAAAAAAAAUCAGUCUCUCAGAAAAUUUUAAUAUUAUAUAAGACCGGUUAGUACUUUUGGCAGUGUGGGCAGUGUGCCAAGUCCUGCUGGAAAAUGAAAUCCGCAUCUCCAUAAACAUUGUCAGAUG